UCUCUCUUUCUCUCUUUCUCUCUCUAGUCCUUUACGUAUAUGUUCUUUGUUUCUCUCUAUACUUUUGGGCAUAAUAGGUUAUUUACAUGGUAGAUUCAAGGGCUGCAGAGCUUAUCUACAUUCAAAAUGUUUGGAUCGGAGGGGUUCGAGCAGUUACAGGACGAGGGGAAUAUUCCGGCAGUCUCUGACGUUCAUCUUAGCCGGAAGUUCCGCAUUCGCAAAAUGGGUUCGUCCGACUCCCCUGUGACUGCUCCGACAUCGGGCUCAUCAAAUUCUUCGUCUUCAUCAAGUCCUCCCUCGCCAGACGCACCGCCUCCGUCGUCAUCGUCAUCGUCCCCGCCACCUAAAUCGUCUCCCUCUCCAAAAUCGUCACCUCCCCCAAAAUCGUCACCUCCCCCGUCGCCGUCGCAGUCGCCGCCACCUACGACUUCACCACCACCCCAAUCCUCAAAUAAUUCACCACCCCCACCUCCUCCAUCUUCCAAUGGCAACAAUUCGCCUCCUCCGCCUCCACCUCCUCCAUCUUCCAAUGGCAACGAUUCCCCUCCUCCGCCACCACCUCCUCCACCACCACCACCACCACCACCACCACAUAAGUCGUCUCCUUCAUCAUCAUCAUCAUCAUCAUCGAAGAGCUCGUCUUCGCCGUCAUCCUCUUCCAGUGUUCCUAUCCCCCUUAUCGUAGGAAUCACAGUGGGAGUAGCAGCAUUACUCAUUAUUGUGGCUAUGGUCAUAGUGUGCUGCAGGAAGAAGAAGCAGAGAAGACCACAUAACCAGAUGCAAUACUAUUCUGACCAUAGUCAGGGAGACAAAGGCAAUCAUUAUUAUAACAAUACUGGACAAAGUCCAAACUGGCACAAUAGUCCACAAUCAAUGGAACAGGGGAUUAAGAUGCAAGCACCUCCAGUAUCAAGCGGGCCACCAGGUGGAGGAUGGCUUGCACCACCUCCACCUCCACCCAUGAUGAGCGGUGAAAUGAGCACCAAUUUCUCAGGACCACACCAUCCUCCACUACCACCACCAUCUCCAAACCUUGCCCUUGGAUUCAAUAAGAGCACAUUUAGCUACGAUGAACUAGCAGCAGCAACAAAUGGGUUCUCUCAAGACAACUUGUUAGGUCAAGGUGGAUUUGGGUAUGUACACAAGGGAGUGCUAUCUAAUGGCACGGUCGUUGCGGUGAAGAGCCUCAAGUCAGGCAGUGGUCAAGGAGAGCGUGAGUUCCAGGCAGAGGUCGAUAUCAUCAGUCGUGUCCAUCACCGUCACCUUGUGUCACUUGAAGGCUAUUGUAUAGCUGGUGGGCAGCGGAUGUUGGUGUAUGAGUUUGUUCCCAACAAGACACUAGAGUUCCACCUUCAUGGACCUGGUCGCCCAACCAUGGAUUGGGCAACAAGGCUUCGGAUUGCUAUGGGAUCAGCCAAAGGACUUGCAUAUCUUCAUGAAGAUUGCCAUCCUCGUAUUAUCCAUCGUGAUAUUAAAGCGGCAAAUAUUCUACUGGAUGAUAAUUAUGAAGCUAUGGUGGCAGAUUUUGGACUGGCUAAGCUAUCCUCUGACAAUUUCACUCAUGUCUCCACACGUGUGAUGGGAACUUUUGGAUAUUUGGCACCUGAGUAUGCGUCGAGUGGAAAGCUAACUGAGAAAUCUGAUGUCUUCUCAUUCGGUAUCAUGUUGCUGGAAUUGAUUACUGGAAGACCACCUGUGGACACUACUAAUUCAUACAUGGAAGAUAGUCUAGUAGACUGGGCUAGGCCUCUUUUGACACGGGCACUCUCAGAAGGGAACUAUGAAGAGCUGGUGGAUCCACGCUUGGAGAACAAUUAUGAGCCACAUGAGAUGACUCAGAUGGUAGCCUGUGCAGCUGCAAGCAUUCGCCACUCUGCAAGGAGGCGUCCAAAGAUGAGCCAGAUUGUGCGUGCGUUGGAAGGUGAUGUCUCACUAGAGGAUUUGAACGAAGGCAUAAGAACUGCACAAAGCCCUGCCUUUAGCUCAAAUAGUGGCUCAGACUAUGAUGCAGGUUUAUUUAAUGGAGACUCAAAGAGGUCUAGGAAGGUGGCGGCGGCAAGCCGAGAUCUGGGGAGCAGUGAGUUUGGGCACAAUCCCUCAUCUUCAAGCGGCGAUUCUCGAGAAAUGAGCAUCAAACGCCCAUGAAUUGAACAGUAUUGGUCAUCAAGGACUGAACCAUAGGCAUACAUUCUUGAGAUGAGAGAAAAUUGUUCCUUUCCAUCAACUUAAAGAAGAAGACUUACAUUUCUAUGUUGUUCUAUUAUAACGAUUGCUUGAUAAGUGAAAUGAUAUUGUGGGACUUCAGAUUUUUUUUCAUAUACCAUAUGCAUAUGUAUUGCUAUUCUGUGUGAGUAACUAUAUAUAUAUAGAGGCAGAUCUAGCUUCUAUUAUU